GAAUAGCACACAAACGCACACGGACUACACACAAAUAUUGCAUUGGACUGCGCAGCAUACAGUGUACGCUGACACAAACCGCGACCCAAGCGGCCCCGUUGCAUCUGUUCAUCGCUCUGUGUAAUGUGCAACGCGCCGGGCUGUGAAUUGAUCCCAAUGCACGCAUGCAUGCUCAUUCAUCGUACGUGUAUAGUGUCAUAUGCACCUAUGCGGCACAGCGUGCAGAGAGAAUGUGGCCUGUGCAUCGACAUCGCCCAUGGUGGCAGAGGAUUCUUGCAUGGAAAGCAACACAAAUGUGAAGCCGUUGGGACACGAAGAAGUCGUCGGAACAGAGUCAGUCACUCUGUGGACGAAAUGCCCUUCGAAAAGUACCAGGAGGAAACUCACAUUUCAUGUUUGUUUCCUGAAGUGCUGGCUCUAAUUUUCGGUUAUUUGGACGUGCGUGACAAGGGACGUGCAGCCCAAGUGUGCCGUGCAUGGAGGGACGCUUCGUACCAUCGUUCGGUAUGGCGAGGAGUGGAAGCCAAGUUACAUUUACGCCGGUCAAACCCCUCUUUGUUUCCCAGUCUUGUGUCGAGAGGGAUCAAACGUGUCCAGAUACUGAGUCUUCGAAGAAGUUUGAGCCAUGUCAUGCAGGGAAUGCCAAACAUACAAAGCCUAAAUCUGAGUGGUUGUUACAACCUGACUGACGUGGGAUUCUCGCACGCCUUCUCCAAAGAGAUCCCAACACUGACAGUACUCAACUUAAGUCUAUGCAAGCAGAUCACUGACAAUAGUCUUUGGCGGAUAGCACAGUAUUUGAAGCAAUUGGAGGUGCUUGACCUCGCAGGAUGCAGUAACAUAACAAAUACCGGUCUCCUGGUUAUCGCAAGUGGACUUCACAAACUCAAGGGUUUGAAUCUAAGGAGUUGUCGACAUAUAUCCGAUGUUGGUAUCGGAUACCUUGCUGGAGUGAGUGCCGAGGCAGCUAGAGGAACACGGGAUCUUGAACUCCUUGUGCUGCAGGAUUGCCAAAAACUGAGUGACACUGCUCUCAUGAGUAUCGCCAAAGGACUUCAUAAACUUAAAAGUUUGAAUUUAAGUUUCUGCUGUGGAAUCACAGACACUGGUAUGAUCAGCUUGUCACGGAUGCCAAGUUUGAGGGAACUUAAUUUGCGAAGUUGCGACAACAUCAGCGACAUCGGGCUCGCCCACCUUGCAGAGUAUGGUGGACAUUUUGUAACGCUUGAUGCCAGCUUCUGUGACAAGAUAGGUGAUGCAGCACUCUCACACAUUUCUCAGGGAAUGCCAAAUUUGACGAACGUCAGUCUUAGUUCUUGCCAUAUCACGGAUGAAGGUGUUGGGAGGUUAGUACGCAGUCUUCACAACAUGACCACUCUGAACAUUGGUCAGUGUGUCCGAGUUACUGACAAAGGACUGGCCCUGAUAGCGGAACAUCUUAAGGAGCUGAAAUGUAUUGAUCUCUAUGGAUGCACAAUGAUCACAACAGUUGGACUGGAGCGAAUUAUGCAGCUCCCCUGUUUGACUGUUCUCAACCUAGGACUGUGGCAUAAAAGGUAGUACUUGCUGUAAUGUUCAGCAACCCAGGGAAAAGAUAUAGCUGAACGAACGAACAUAAUGAAUCAAUGCCUGUGAGUCUAACAAUGAUUCAAAUAAAGUUAACACUUUUUGCUUUUUAAAAGCAUCAUUUUUAACUUGUAGAUUAUGAUUAUAAUCUACAGUACAGAUACAUGUACUUUCACAAUUUUUGACAUUUAUUUUUAUAUAACAUUAAAACCAAACUCCAUGUCCCAUCGACCAAGAUUGCUUGAAAAGAGACUAUUCCAGAUGUUGUUUUUAAUAUGAUUUGAAGGGAAAUUUUGAAGGCUUGAAAGCAGAACAUAAUAUUGUCAUUGGGAUUAUCAGAAAUUAAAGUUGGUUGCAUAGUUCUGCCCUGCAUUUUGAAAGGGGUUGUUGGAGAAUCAACAGUUAAAGUGUACUAAUAUCUGAGAGAUAUCAAUACCUUUAAAGUUUGAAGAAUCAAAGUAAAGUGACCAUCUAAGUUCAGUAAAAUGAUUUGUAUGUGUAGAUAGCAUUAGCAAUACAGCAGAGAAACUGGAGUACAUCAACAUACAUUUUGAAACUUGAUUUGCUAGAAGAUAGUUAAUCACGAGUUCUUGACAUUAUUAUGCGGGUAGCAAACCUGUAACUUGAUUUCUCUUCAUAAACUCUUCAGGGAUAUGUAACUAAUAGUUUUAGAUUACAACAAUUAUGUUCGGUUAUUAUCUGUAUCAUAUAAAGUACUCGUUUUUGUUUCCAAGACAAAGAGAGAGUUUCAUUUUAAUAAUCAUUUAUACCAGUAAUGAUGUCUGUGUUGCCUCUUGAGGUAUAUAGGAAACCAUGUGAAUUCAAUUCAGUAUUGGCAAUUUGGCAUGCACAAUGAAAAUGCUGGUUGGUUUAUGCUGGGUUUCACCGUUUGUAGUUGUGAGGUAUUGAAUAACGCACAUCAAUGCACGGUAUAGUCUGCUGUAGUGUACUGUAGAGGCAUUGUGAGCGGUUGGAUCUGGCGGUCAAAGGUCAACCAGUGUCGCCUUUGACCUCGGUUGUUUUGACAAGCUGAAAAGAACUUGACAAAAUAUAGCUCGAUCCCACAGCACAGCUCGCUGCUCCACAAUACCUGUGCAUUGCACUGCCAGGAACAAUCGCUUGCUGAGAUCUGCCAAGGAAAUGCCCUUGGCUUCCAUGCCAUGAAUUGUUAUUUUUCUCCUCAGGAAAGCAGAAGAGAAACUACAGAAAUAAUAAGCAAAACAUUUAACGCGUUACAUGUACAAAAAAUGGAGCUAGAUUAUCUAGGCAGAUAACGCGAUGGGAGUUUGAACAAAAAUAUCAACACAAAUACAUCUCAGUACUCGUGUCAAGCACUCGUUACUAGGUUUAUCAGUAGUAUCAGGCAAAUUAUCUCCAUAAAAUUUUCGUCAUCAUGCAUGUGGCAGGGGAUUCUAUAAAUCUAAUCGUCAAAAAGGUUAUGUGCAGUCUGUCCCCGACAUAUAAGAAGAAGGUUUAAAGAUAUAUCAGAAGCUUCCUGAAAAGAGUUCAGAAAGCAGGAUUUCAGAAUUUACCCCCUAAAUAGUGACUUAUUUAAGAUUUAAAUAGACAUGUAAAGGGAGAAUGAUAUAGAAAAGGGGGCGCGCUUUUAGAUCUUUACCCGGGUCUUUGGAAAGAGCGGAACUCCGGAUUGCGUUGAGUCUUCGUUUUCUAGCGGCAGAUAUUCAUUUCCUCUAUGUCAUCUUUAGGUAACGCGCUGAAGGGAAAGGGAUAUGACGAUUUGAGUCUAUGCUCUGAAUAAGUUUCACUUUAUUCUCUGUAUGAUGGGAUAGAAGUAGGUUUGAUUGUCCUGUUAUAUCUUUGGCAGAAAGCUGACUUUAUAAGUUUGAAAUAAUAAUCCCUUUUUAAUCUUCCCAAGGAAGAUGUGGAUGGAUCUCAAAGUUGAUAAUCACAUUUUCCGAUCUUAUUUUAAUUUGUAUAAUAAUUACACGAUGUAUGAUUGGGGAAACACAACAUUUGGAUUCUGGAUGUACAUGUAUGAACAAGGGAGAGAUGGCAAAAAGGGACGGGGGGGGGGGGGGGGGUCAGCGACACCUCAACCUGAUCAAGGAUUUUGGCAAUUAUCCAAGUUUAUUUUUAUUCUCUAUUCACGGCAUCAAAAAAAGGAUGACAGAACAAUGUGACAGAAGGAUAAGGAAGAGGCAGAGAUAACAUCAAAUAUAAUUUGAAGUUUGAACCAUGAUUCAAAGUUCGAUAUCAAUUGUUGAUAUCAAGUUUUAAUUAAUCAUUUCAUUUUUAUUUUUUAUUCACUUUAUAUGAGUGAAGAACAAGCUGGAAUCAUGUUUUUGAAACACAGGGGGAUCCCCUAAGACGAGAGGGAGAAAUAAGAUUAUUAUUUGGUUAAAUUGUGAGUUCAGAGUGGAUAUUUAUUUUUUAAAUCUCACAACAAAUAAUUGGUGCAUGGACAGACAAUGAAGUUUCGUAUCUUUUAGAUAUUUUUAACUUAAGUUUUAACAAUUUUAUUUAGAAGAGAGAGGGAAUGCAAGAUUAACAAAAAAUCAUUUUUUUAAUUGCUGGGGCCUUAGCGAUUUUUAUUUUGACCAUUUAGAAAAUGGGAAACUACUUCACAGUGCUCAACCGAGUUUUUAGAGUCCGAUUUCUAAAUGUGUAGAUAUUUUAGGAUAUCAUGUACAUAAACACGUCAAUAAGAAUAAUUCCAGCCCCUUUUCAUAAUGUCAUUCCAGGAGCCUUUGCUCUUGACUUGGUUUGUGUUAAUAUUUUGAACGCAUCAUUGUGGCUUGUUUAAAACAAAAUGCAGUGUACAUGUCUGGGUACAUGUAUGUGAAAAUGAAAGUACGUACAUAAUUAUAUUGAAUUAUCAGCACAAGAGAUGAUUUUAGAUUUCUGGAUAUCUACCUCAUUUUAAUAUACUUUAGAUAUACGGCUAUAAAUGUUCUUAUGAUCUGUAAAGGACGUUUAAAAGCGAUUGAUGGAAGGAUAGUUUGAUUUCAAUUAUGUUGUACAUGUUACUUACUUCUUUCGAAUAAUGUAGUUAAACCAUCGUGCAAAAUAUAUGAUCACGCCUCAAUAAAACCGCAAAACUACAUGUAAGCAUAUAGCUUAUUUUGAUGACCAAUAAUCAUUGUACUACAUGUAUCUUCUGUAAAGGGUGUGUUGUAUCAUGGACCUAUUCGUAAUAGGUCCAUGAUUGUAUAACUCGACAUUACACGUACAUGGACACUCUUCAUACUUAUUUGGGGUUUUGUGGUUAUGGAAUGUAUACACACGACUUGUUACAUUCUAUUUAAUUGUAUUUAUAUCAAAUUUUCAUAAUUUCAACAGUUUUUAUGUAUAUUUCAAAGACAGGAAAUGGAUAUACACCAUGCUUUCUUAGACUUAAGGAUGAAAUAAAAAGAUUCGAUAUCUUAUGUCAACUGUAUGGUAUUAGACAAAUCUCAACCACGUUGAUUUUUAAGUAUGGACAAAUUUUCAAUACAUUUAUUAUAUGCGACGAAAGUCGCAAAGUUGAUAUACGCAUUUUACGAUAAUGGUGGACUUUGUCGUAGCCUUAUACGCCAAAUCAAUUAACAUCCUUUGAAAUGAUGUUUUUAUCUUUUGUCAGAUGUAUGUAGCUUCAUUGAUUAUACUGGGAAUAUAAUAUUCAAUAUAUAUAUUAAAAUAAUGCAAACUUAAAAUCAAA